AUGGGACUGUUGAAAGUCCUUGUGCUGCUUCUUGACAACGGGUAUGCAGAGGCUCCGCCAGAAAUGUCAUGUACGGAACUGCCACAAAUCUGGAGGAGGCCCCGGGGGCACAAAAUACCGGCUUCUAGCGUCGACGAAGUUGACUGGAGAGCCGCACGGCCAGACGGUCUUUCUUACCCGCUCCAAUCGCGUCUUUAUGAAGCCAGAAAAAGACCGCAGAGCGUAGAAGAGGUUCAGAAAGCUGUGAGGCAGUUUGCAAGAGAGAUGGCUGCACAUACUGCGAGUCCACUUCUGGAACACUGGCACUCUGCAACACCAAAGAAAGCAGACAGUUUGUUUGGCGAGACAUGCGAAGGCAGCCUCCUGUGGAGUCAGAAACCAUUUGUGCCACAUGACUUCACCACCUAUUUAUGCCCAGAAAUUCAGGCUCUCAUGCUGUCUGUUGAUGAAGCUCGCCAGCUUCAGCAGACCUCUCGCCAGCAGAUCCAAAGUGCAACAUGGAAAGCUGCUCGCAAAAACCGAUUAACUGCUUCAAAUUUUGGUGUUGCUGUUACACGUGAGAAUUGGACACAAAAAGGCCUGCAGAACCUAACCACAGACAGAGAUCUGUCUAGAGUAAGGGCCAUCCAGUACGGAGUUUCAAGCGAAGCCAUGGCUGUUCAGCAAUAUGAAAGAACCCUCCGAACCUUCCGGCACAACAUUGAGACCUUCCACUGUGGCCUCAUUGUGGAUCCCACGUGCCCAUGGCUCGGUGCAUCUCCCGAUCGUGUGGUGUGGGACCCAGAGGAACAGAGUCCUCAUGGCAUUGUUGAAGUCAAGUGCCCAUAUUCAAUGAGAGACUUGAAAGUACCAAGCACUCAAGGCUCGUGCCUUGUGAAAGACGGCAACGGCACGUAUAGGCUCAACCGCACCCACUUUUACUAUUACCAGGUUAUCGGGCAGAUGGCCCUUUCAGGGCUUACUUGGGCUGACUUUGUCGUGUAUGCUCCACAGUUUCUAGUUGUUGAAAGGAUUAGAUUCAGUGAAAGUGAAUGGCAGAAAUGCAAAAAUAGGCUGGACAGCUUUUAUUUUUCGACACUUCUACCGUAUUUGGCAAAAGCAUGCAGUACAAGCAAUGAAUCUUGA